UUUCUUACGCGUGACUUGCUUUGUAACAUUAAUGAAUAAGGAAACCGUCGCCGCAAACACAGAGCUGCAAAACAUACAACCAAAACGUUUGUCAAUUAAUUGAACAGAGCAGUUUAAAGUGCAUUUGCCGUUGGAUUUUUGGGCAGUAAAACCAUUAAUAUAGAUAACCAAUGCUUCCACAACAUAUGAGUAACGAUAUUUGACACCAGCAAGCAAUCGUAUAGAACAUUUAAUCUCCAUUUAAACUCCCGUGUCCGUAUCACUAUAGUAAUCAUACGAGUAGUUUUACAAUUGAGUUAAGGCUAAACAAAAAACAAAGACCAACAAGAUGGAAAUUCCACCAGAGGAGUGGAUUGAGCGGGCCAAGGAGAGCAUGAAAAAGUUCCUCAACCGUGGCGGAGCGUCACGAGGCGAUGAGCCGCAAUCGCUGUGUGGAGCAGCACUGCAGAACACACUCGGUUACGCGCUUAAUCUUACCAUGAAGGAUCCAAACCACUGGACGGACGAGGAGCUACAGCUCGAGUACAUGGAACAGCUCUGCUUCUACGACGAGGAAUCGUGCAAAACUAUCGACAAGCUUACGCAGCAGAUUUACGGCCAGGGAGUAAUGCCGGAGGAACCGUGCCACUUGACGAUCCUGCCCAUCGAGUUGUACGCUGAGGGAAAGCUCUACGAGGUGGCCCUGUUUCGAUAUCAGUUUGGUGUGCUUGAAGCUAGUGAACCGAAGUAUGUGGAUUCGUAUGGUCGGGUUUAUGGCAGUUUUCGGGACUUUUUGCGCAACAAUAAGUACCCUUCGGCAGAAAUGAUGUACCCGAAGGAUGGUCGCUUGAAGGCGGAUGAAGAAAAGUUGGUAGAGUAUGAGAUCGGCAAGACCCCAGCGUGGAAGGCGUACUAUUUCAAGGCUUUGGAUAUUGCGACGGGAAUCAUUGGUAUCGCUGGUGCAACUGGAGCAAUUUUUCUGUCCGGAGGUAUUGCAACGCCGUUUGUGGCGGCAAGCAUCGGAUCAGCAUUGUAUGCAACAGGCCGAUCGCUUGAUGUCCUGCGGGAUAAGAGUGCCCAUCAGGAGUCGCUAAAUCCCUUCCGUGAUUCCGAAUCACGCACAGCGUGGUUGAGCCUUACGGCACACGUGCUUACGUUCGGUACAAUGCCGCACAUUUCCGCCCUAUCGGGAGUGGCGUCGACGAGUCACAGCAUUGCCACCGGGUUUAAGGUGUGCAAUUUCAUCAACGAAACUGGCAACAUCAUAAGCGACCUAGUGAUUUGUGACACUCUUUCCGCUAUGCAUUCGAACUACUAUAACGCGUCGAUUGAAACGCGGUUGGCGCAUGCCGCCUCGAUCUGCUUCUGGACGAAAACAGUCAUCAGCAUCCGGCAGGCGGAAUUGAUGAUGAAGAACAACGCGAUCGUGGCGCUGAAACUGUUCGGCUUUGAGGAUCAUUUCUGCGACUACUUCAACAAUGACUCGCGUGCGAUCGACAUUGGAUUGCGCAUCGUGAAGCAUUCGCUCGAAAGCAACGUACUUAUCGCGUCCGAUCCCGAUGACCACAGUGCGAUACGGAUCGAUGGUAUACGCUUCAGCAUGAAGGCUCUGCUGGCCUGCGAGCCGAAUGAGGUGGAAGUGUUGUUCGACAUUUUGCUGGGCAUUUCCACUGCCGCCGAUCGCGAGCUGUUCGAAGAAGUCCGUUCCCUGGCUCUACCGAAGAACGGCGAAGAUGAACAGCUAUCCGUGCUGAUACAUUUCCUAUCCAAGGAGGCCGAAAAUGAGAGCUUGCCUGUAGGUGAGAUGAUGGAGAUGCUGCUUCAAACGUACGCGUCCGUUCGACGGUGCGAAAAGAUAGCUCUUAUCGGCGCCACUACCUUCAGUCUCUCGGUGGUGAACGGAAUUCACGUGGGCCAAGGAUUGUGCAUGAGCCUGAAACCCUCUUACAUUCUUUUCGCCUCUAAACGAUCUCAUGAGCCUUCCAACGGUAAUGAAAUGACUGCGGCGUCCGACAGUGAAAACGAUCGGCAGACCGAUCGCUUGCUGCGAGUUGUACUCGAGUUGUCUGCGGAACAGUGUGCUCGUCUGACGGAAGUGAUCCGUGACGAUCCAAACUAUAUGUCUUUCUUCAAACAAAAAUCCACAUCCAAAACUAACGUCUCGACGAUGGCAAAAGAACAGUCGGUGAAGGAAGAAGAUCAAGAGCAACUUCUCUACGAUAAGCUGAAGGAGGAUAUCCUCAAAGCCUUCGAGACCGAGAAUAUAUGAUGAUGAAAAUAUUAGUAUUUAUACUGCAACUUUCCAUGAACGGGCAAAAGAGAGCUGAAGAAAAGUUGGAAUCGAAAAGUCGAACGUCAUAAACACAAAUAUAACAAUGUAGCAAUAAUUGCACCAAGUGAACCCUAGAUGAAUAUUAUCGUUAUAUACAUGAAUGGUAGAAACGCAUAAAAAGCAGUGGAAGAAUUAAAUAGUACAUAAUACAUCAAACUGUUAGCCAAAUUUUUUGGUUCAUAAGCACAGAGAAAUAGGAUAAGAUGAAAAGUACACGAAACUCAACCGAAUAAGCUUUUGUAGAGUGGAAUCGAAAAGGAUAUACAAAAGAAUCAAAUUAGUAUUUCAAAGCUCCUUAAUGAAAUUGCAACCAAAACAUAUCAUCUUAAUACGAGUAGCAUGAAUAGUAAAUGGAAAAAUUAGAAGCGUUUUUAUAAUCAAACCCGAUUUGGAGUUACAUACAAAAUAUCUAGGUAAUAUACAUACACCCACACAAGUCAAUAAGGCAAUGGCAAUGCCGGGCCGUAUCUCGUGGCCACAAUAAGUGGCCUGUAGUUUCAUUUUAAUGUCAUUUUUCUCCAACAAACCUCUUUAUAAAGAUUCCAUUUUAUUACACUGGCUUAUGUUGGCAGAUACAACAAGUAAUCAAAAAUGCACAAGAAUCAAAACGAAAGUCACAACGACUCACAAAGCAUAUCUCUUGCGAACUACCUGACCUUUUUACUAUAAAGCCGACCGAUGGGGUCACAAUUUCAUGAAUCUUUUUAUAAAGACUAGAUUUUGUUUUUGAUAAAACAACUAACGAAUGCUUUACUUUGGAAUACAAAAACAUACACACAAAGACGAAACACAAGUUUGCUAUACAGUUUAAAGUGAUAGAUUGGAAGAAUUUUUAGGGAAAAGUGCGUAGAAGCGUUGAAUGCUAAUAUAGCUAUAUUAAGAUAUAUAUAUACAGGAGAUCAUUCUACUGAGUGAAAACUAGUGAAAAAAUUAUUUGAGAAUCAGGAAAAAGCUUUGUAGUUUUUAUAUCAAUAAUCGUAAGUAAGCAAGCGAGUGAAACUAUUAGAAUGUGGCAAAGCAAAAAAAAACAGAAACAUAUCUAUUAUAAAUAAAACAAACAAACAAAAGGAAUGAAACGAAUACCGAACAUACACAACAACAAACACCAAACAACUGUACUAGAGCUGAAUGAGGAAAAAUAAGUGUUGCAAAUAGAACUUUUUCGCGUAGAAUACGUUAAGUAGAGAGCAAAACAGUAGUAGAGUGCAAAAUGUAGUGCAAGCAAUCAGAUCCGAGCAAAGUUCAGCACUUAUCUUUUCUAUUUGUCUAUUCCAUCAGCUAAAUCUAUUGGUCUCCAGUUUUGAAGAAGGAAACCCUCUGUUACAAUCGUACGCCGUCAUGGAGCGACGAACGGAAAACCGGUUAAAGAUUGGUUAUCUAUUGAAAGAGAUAUAUUUUAUAUGUGCGCGUUUGUUACAAUUUCUAAAGAAUAUAUUUUUUAAACCCGUAAUGCUACUAUAAUGCUGAAAGCACUUUGUCAGACAACUGAACUAGGAAUGGAAAGUUGGCUUGUUAAUAGCGGAAGUGAAAUAGAAAUAGGUAAAAUAUUAACUCAAAUGAUUGGUGUGUAUUUCUAUG